GUGCUGACUUCACUAAAACAGAAGGUGGAUCAUUUUGCUUACACUGUGCCAAACUUUGAUGGACUCCUUCUCCGAGCCAAGCGGACACUUAUAGCCCGAGAGGAGGAAUGGAGGCUGGGGUGUGUCACAAUAAGUCCCUACAGGAUCAACACUGUCAGUCCCAUCAAAGCCAAACCUGUGGCAGAAAACAAUAAUAAAGGUAGGUACAGACUCAAACAUGUCACAAUAAGUCCCUACAGGAUCAGCACUGUCAGUCCCGUCAAAGCCAAACCUGUGGCAGAAAACAAUAAUAAAGACAAAAGGAAGUCCAGUUUAGCGGAGUUUUUCUCUCGCCGAUCUCCAGAUAAAAGAGCCACUAAAAAGGGCCCUCAACUGCAGGUUCUCCAGGGAGCAAAGGGAUUCCGAUACAUUAAUUACCAGAACAGACCUCACGAAAUAUCUCAGAACCCCAUGGAUGCCCCCAAAAUUAGAAAUGCAGUGUUCUGUGCUGUGAUAUUGGAGGAAUUUGUGAAGGAACUGGCAGCUUACAGCCAGGAGCAGGCUGUUUUGGCUCACUCUGAAAUCUGACCCCAGGCUACAGUGAUAUUGUUUUUGUAAACUGUUAAUGUCCACACAUUUCUCUCUCUCUUUCUAGAGCACAUAUCAAAUGAAUCCAAUUCAGUUAUUUUGUAUAAUUAGACUAGAGUAAGCUAUGAUGAUGCUAGCAAAAUUUUUAUCAUCUCAGUUUGUAUUAUAUUUUUUGUGAUAUUAAAGGCAUAGGAUCCAAGACCUUGGAGUAAAUUUUUCAUU